GUAAACUACUUCUUGUUUCCACACAGUGACAUUAGGUUGACUAACUGUUCAAGACUUCUCCCCUUCACUUCACUCUACUGCAGGGUGGGAGAUGCAACAAUGGCCUUGAGAACAGCAGGAAGUGUGUUGGUGGUCUUUCUCUGGUCUGUAGCAGUGGUACUGGGUCAGAAUGGCUGGAGUGUUACAUACACCAGUCAGAGUAUCUGUACCUUGAAGGGGUCAACAGUGGAGAUGUCCUGCUCUUAUACAUAUCCCAGAGGUAAAGUCACAACAACACUCUGGUUCACUAAAUGGGGGACUGGUGUAGAACCUGAAGAUCUAGGUCAGGACCCAGAGUAUGCAGGUCGUCUGGAGUAUCAUGGAGAUAAGAAGAAAGACUGUACCCUGAGAAUCACAGACCUGAGAGAGAGAGACUCAGCUACGUAUUGGUUCAGAUUUAUAACAGAUCAGACCGGAGGGAAAUAUUCUGGAAGUCCUGGAGUCACUCUGUCUGUAACAGCUCUGCAGGUGAAGGUGACUUAUUCAAGCUGGCAAAAUCAGGUGACAAUUACCUGUAUCACCACCUGUACUCUGAGUAACCCCAACCCCAUCUACAUCUGGUAUAAGAACGGACAACGUCUAGAUGAGAGCACCUCCCCCCAGUACAAAUACUCAGUCUACACUAACAGUAAAGACAGCUACUCCUGUGCUGUAAAAGGCCACGAGGCUCUCCACUCUCCUGCAGUGUGUGUUCAGGGUCAGAGAUGCAACAGAGUGACUUACACCAAGAGGAGAAUCUGUGUCUUGAAGGGGUCAACAGUGGACAUAUCCUGUACUGUUGGUUAUUAUUCCACCACAUCAUCAUUCUGGUUUAGAAGUGAUAAGUCGACCCCUGAAGACCUAACCAGAGACCCAGGGUAUGCAGGUCGUGUGGAGUACACUGGAACAUACAGAGGUCCCUUCACCCUGAGAAUCACAGAUCUGAGAGAGGAGGACUCAGCUGAGUAUCGCUUCACUUUUAAAACUCACAGCUUUGAAUGGGGUCAUAGUUUCCCAGGAACAACUCUGUCUGUCACAGGUCUGCAGGUGAAGGUGACUCCUGCUGCAGAGGGACAGAAGACACUGACCUGUAUCACCACCUGUACUCUGACUGACAACCCCACCUACAUCUGGUACAAGAACGGACAACGUGUAGAUGAGCCCACUUCACAACAACACUCCAGUAAUAUGCUGGUGGUCUGGGAUUCUACUGUGGACAUUUACUCCUGUGCUGUUGAAGGUCACGAGGCUCUCCACUCUCCUGUAGUCUGUUUUCAGGUGAAGGUGACUCCUGAACAGUUUUCAGAGUAUAAGACACUGACCUGUAUCACCACCUGUGUUCUGACUGGUAACCCCACCUACAUCUGGUACAGGAACGGACAGAUAGUAACUGACAACACUUCUCCCUAUUCAGUCCUCCCUAAUGCUGCAGACAGCUACUCCUGUGCUGUAAAAGGCCAUGAGGGUCUCCUCUCUCCUGCAGUGUGUGUUCAGGGUCAGAGCUGCAACAGAGUGACUUACACCAAGAGGAGAAUCUGUGUCUUGAAGGGGUCAACAGUGGACAUAUCCUGUACUUAUGUUGGUUAUUAUUCCACCACAUCAUCAUUCUGGUUUAGAAGUGAUAAGUCGACCCCUGAAGACCUAACCACAGACCCAGGGUAUGCAGGUCGUGUGGAGUACACUGGAACAUACAGAGGUCCCUUCACCCUGAGAAUCACAGAUCUGAGAGAGGACGACUCAGCUGAGUAUCGCUUCACUUUUAAAACUCACAGCUUUGAAUGGGGUCAUAGUUUCCCAGGAACAACUCUGUCUGUCACAGGUAAUACUACACUGUAUGAUACAACUGUAAAUCAUAAUGAAUUACAGGAUAAAUACAUUGACCAUCCUGUUGACACAGAGGUGUAUGUGGUUUUAUACAUAUUGUUUCAGGUGCAGGUGAAGGUGACUCCUGCUGCAGAGGGACAGAAGACACUGACCUGUAUCACCACCUGUACUCUGACUGACAACCCCACCUACAUCUGGUACAAGAACGGACAACGUGUAGAUGAGCCCACUUCCCAACAAUACUCUAGUAAUACCCUAGUAGUGUUGGGUCAUUCUGUGGACAGUUACUCCUGUGCUGUAGAACACCAUGAGGACCUCCACUCUCCUGCAGUGUAUGCUCCAAGGAACACCUCAGUGUCAGUCAGUCCCUCUGGUGAAAUAGUGGAGGGCAGUUCAGUGACUCUGACCUGCAGCAGUGAUGCCAACCCACCUGUGGACAAAUACACCUGGUACAAGAAGAACGUAGCCUCACCAAAAGCAUCAGGACAGAGUUACAGCAUCACUAACAUCAUCUCUGAGGACAGAGGAGAAUAUUACUGUGAGGCUGAGAAUAAAUAUGGACGACUCAACUCUUCUUCUGUGUUUGUGGACGUUCAGUAUACUACAGCAUUGUUUCUCUGGGUUCCUGUGGUGGGGAUGGGGGCUGCCCUGACUGUUGGAGCUCUGCUCCUCACCAUCUACUGCUAUAUGAAGAGGAGACACACAGGAGGAAGUGAUGACACAGCAGACAGACAGAGUGUCCAUCCUGACCCCAACAGUGACAUGUACACAUCUCUGAACAUGAAGACCAGGUCACCAGAGUAUGACACCCUGGCAAAUGUGAGGGACUUGGCAAUCAUAGAGAGCAUCACAGUUCACAGCUUUGUCAACAUCAAGAAUACCAACAUGGCUGCUCUCGCCUUGGAGAGGCUCCAGGUGAGUGGUGGUGGAGCUGGAGAGCACCAGACUGGUGAUUUGGUACCCAGACCGCUAGGUCCUCUCCUCAGAGGACCAACCUCCUACCGAGACCUCAACACCUCCUCAGCCUCCCAGUACGCCGCCACAGGGACCAGGAGGAUGGCUCCCAUUAAUGGUGAUGAGUGUUUCUUCUGGAGGACCACUGGCUGCCUGUAUGGUCAGAAGUGUUGGAGUGUGACUUACACCCAUCAGAAGAUCUGUGCUUUGAAGGGGUCAACAGUGGACAUAUCCUGCUCUUACACAUAUCCCAGUUAUCAUGAGAUCAAACAAGCUUUCUGGUUUACUAAAUGGUCUGGUAUGGAGGCUGAAGAUCUGAGCUCAGUGCCAGGGUAUGAGGGUCAUAUAGAGUACCUUGGGGAUAAGGAGAGUGACUGUACCCUGAGAAUCACAGACCUGAGAUUGAGUGACUCUGCUGGGUUCAGGUUCAGAUUCAUAACAUAUGGAGGAAGGGGUUCUGGCUCACCUGUCUCCCUGACUGUCACAGAUGUUGUGUUGGAGAUGGAUCCUACAUCUGUGUCAGAGGGGGAGAAUGUCACACUGAGAUGUAGAACCAACUGUACACUGGACCCCAUCACAGCCUACAGUUGGUAUAAGAAUGGACAGUCUCUACCAAACAGCAACACCUCCUCUCCUGUCUAUAUCCUGUUCUCAGUCAGCAGUGAGGAUACAGGCAGAUACUCCUGUUCUGUAGAAGGACAUGAGGAUCUCCCCUCUGCUGAAGAGACUCUCACUGUCACAUAUGGACCAAGGAACACCUCAGUGUCAGUCAGUCCCUCUGGUGAAAUAGUGGAGGGCAGUUCAGUGACUCUGACCUGCAGCAGUGAUGCCAACCCACCUGUGGACAAAUACACCUGGUACAAGAAGAACGUAACCUCACCAAAAGCAUCAGGACAGAGUUACAACAUCACUAACAUCAUCUCUGAGGACAGAGGAGAAUAUUACUGUGAGGCCCAGAAUGGAAGAGGAUCUAUGAACUCUACAGCUCUGAUGAUCAUUGUAGCAGGGAAACAAACCUCAGUUGUGACUGCAGCUGUAGGAAUCAUAGUGGUUGUUCUGGUUCUCAUCCUCUGUCUCUCUGGACUCAUGUUGUUCAGGAAGAAGGCCUCCAAACCCACCAACACAAGAGACACAGCAGAUGAUGGACAGGGAGACUCUAGUCCAGUGUAUGACAACAUCUCAAACAUGGCCAUGACCUCUACUGCAGCACAGACAGCUGACACAGACAACCAGGAUGAUGUUCACUACGCCAGCGUCCACUUCUCUGGCUCCAAAAACCAGGAAGUGCCUCUGUACUCCACCGUCCAAGUGCCUCAGCCCCAGAAAGAGGAUGAGGAUGUCCAGUACGCUGCUCUGAAUUUCAACCUCCCCAGUGCUGCCACCCGACCUGCAGCAGCACAAGCAGCUGAGGAGGACUCCUCUGUUCUCUACAGUACAGUCAAUAAACCCUGAACCAAGAAGACCUGAACACAACAAACCCAGAACCAAGAAGACCCAAACACAACAAACCCAGAACCAAGAAGACCUGAACACAACAAACCCAGAACCAAGAGUACCUGAACGCAACAAACCCAGAACCAAGAAGACCUGAACACAACAAACCCAGAACCAAGAAGACCUGAACACAACAAACCCAGAACCAAGAAGACCCAAACACAACAAGCCCUGAACCAAGAAGACCUGAACACAACAAACCCAGAACCAAGAAGACCUGAACGCAACAAACCCAGAAAGAAGAAGACCUGAACAGAACAAGUUUGACAAAAACCUUGUAUAUCUGGACCUGUAUAUCUAAACUAAGUGAUAUAAUGCCUGUGGAGGUGUGGAAUAUUGACCAUUAUAAACUGGGUGGUUGGAGCCCUGAAUGCUGAUUGGCUGACAGGUGUGGUAUACCAGACCGUAUACCAUGGGUAUUAACAUUUGUAUUUACUGGUCUAAGGACAUUGGUAACCAGUUUAAAAUAAGGCACCUCUGGGUUUGUGGUGCAUCCAAGCACUCUGCGUUGCAUUGUGCAUAAGAACAGCCCUGAGCUGUUCAUCUACACAGAGGAACUCUGGAGUUCUGUCAGAGUGACCAUCGGGUUCUUGGUCACCUCACUGACCAAGGCCCUUCUCCCCCGAUUGAUCAGUUUGGCCAGGCGGCCAGCUCUAGGAAGGGUCUUGGUGGUUCCAAACGUCUUCUAUUUAAGAAUGAUGGAGGCCACUGUUUUCUUGGACAUUAAAAAAAUACAGAAAUGUUUUGGUACCCUUCCCCAGAUCUGUGCCUCAGCACAAUCCUGUCUCGGAGUUCUAGAGACAAAUCCUUCGACCUCAUUAUUUUUGCUCUGACAUGCACUGCAAACUCUGGGACCUUGUAGACAGGUGUGUGCCUUUCCAAAUCAUGUCCAAUUAAUUUAAUUUACUACAGGUGGACUCCAAUCAAGUUGUAGAAACAUCUCAAGGAUGAUUAAUAGAAACAGGAUGCAGCUGAGUUCAAUUUCGAGUCUCAAAUCAAAAGGUCUGAACACUUAUCUAAAUAAUGUAUUUCUGUUUUUUAGUUUUAAUACAUUUGAAAACCUUUCUAAAAACCUGUUUUUGUUUUGCCAUUAUGGGGAUAGUGUGGUAUAUUUUUAUUUAAUCUAUUUUAGAAUAAGGCUGUAACAUAUCAACAUUUGAAAAAAGUCAAGGGGUCUGAAUACUUUCCCAAUGCAUUGUAUAUAAUUCUAUCUUUUUUAUGUUAUGUUUCUGAAACAAUCAUCAAACUUGUGAGACUUUUGCCUCAACGUCCAGGAAAGAGUUCUGCUUGAUGCAACGUUUCUUAUUGCUUUUAUCAAAUUUUAUUUUUUGUAA